ACCCCAGCAACUAGAGCUACAGCAAAGCCCACACUUUCAAGAGGAAGAGCGUCUUUUCCGACAUCAGUCCACCUAACACUCAUUCCAUUAUCAGUCAGUAAUUCUAGGCGUCCGUCACCUCUGCCAAAAAGUAAAAAUAGGCAAGCCGCGGUGCCAUCUGUUCCCCGGCCCGCUCCCCAUACCCUCGCUCAGCCCAGACCAAAGCCGCGCCGGCGCGCCGCAGGCAGCCCUGGCGGGGGCCUUUCCUGCCGCCCGACGCCGGGGUCCUCCGUCAGGUCUCACUCAUUCUGUGCCUGUGAACAUGGCGGCGCCCGUUGUCACGGCCCCGGGCAGAGCUCUGCUGCGGGCGGGCGCUGGACGGCUGCUUCGGGGAGGCGUCCAGGAGCUACUGCGGCCGCGACAUGAAGGGAACGCCCCUGACCUGGCCUGCAACUUCAGCCUUUCUCAAAAUCGGGGCACGGUCAUCGUGGAGCGCUGGUGGAAGGUACCGCUGGCCGGGGAGGGCCGGAAGCCGCGCCUGCACCGGCGACAUCGCGUCUAUAAGCUGGUGGAGGACACGAAGCAUCGGCCCAAAGAAAACCUGGAGCUCAUCCUGACGCAGUCGGUGGAGAAUGUUGGAGUCCGGGGUGACCUGGUCUCAGUGAAGAAAUCUUUAGGCCGGAAUCGACUCCUUCCUCAGGGACUGGCUGUAUAUGCAUCCCCUGAAAACAAGAAGCUGUUUGAAGAGGAGAAAUUGCUGAGACAAGAAGGAAAAUUAGAGAAGAUCCAGACCAAGGCAGGUGAGGCGACAGUGAAAUUUCUAAAAAGCUGUCGCCUGGAGGUAGGGAUGAAGAACAAUGUCAAAUGGGAGCUGAACACUGAAAUAGUUGCCCGCCACUUCUUCAAGAAUCUUGGUGUUGUGGUUGCCCCACAUACAUUAAAGUUACCAGAAGAGCCUAUCACACGGUGGGGCGAGUAUUGGUGUGAGGUGACGGUAAAUGGGCUUGAUACUGUGAGAGUGCCUAUGUCUGUCGUGAACUUUGAGAAGCCCAAGACCAAAAGAUAUAAGUACUGGUUAGCCCAGCAAGCUGCCAAGGCCAUGGCCCCCACCAGCCCCCAGAUCUAAAUCUACUCUCCCUCCAAGGCAGCAAAGCAGAAUCAGGAGCAGUGGAGCAGAAAUGUGCAAGCACCCUGAUCUCACUCCCAGCUCUGACCAAAUACAGAAUUUUAGAGAACAUCUGAAGACAUCAGACUGCACUGCGUAUACAUGUUGAAUUCUUCAUUUUUGCCAUCUUUAACUGUCAUCACUGGGGCAGGGCAGUCUUGUUCCAGAAGUACCAGGCUGUAGAUUUGAUAAGCUAGAUGCAGUAGACCGAAACCAUCCAAAACCUGUUUAGCUUCUUCCUCCAUUGGAGUUUAUUGGGACAAACAGGAGAGCCAGCCAUUGUCUCCAGUACUUGCCUCAUUCUCAUCAUCCAAACUGAACAUUUGUAUCCCAAGCAGAAAUAAAGAGAUUAUGUUCUUUUUAA